AGCUUGAUUCAUGAAGUGUUCAAUAAUUUAUAAUUUCUUUGUAAUAAAAUACAAUUCAAAGAAAAUUGCUAAUUGUUUAUUACGAGAUCAAUAGUAUAAUUUCUCCAAUAAUAAAUGCUCGAUGUAUAACAUCAUUAUAAAACAAUUAGUCGUUGAUCAAGCUCCGAGUGAUAAACAUGGACUUCAGUGAUGUAUAUAACUCUGACGUCAGAGUGAAGAAGGAACCAGAUGAUGUUUCCCCAAUUAAAAAUGAAGAUUAUAAGAUAAUUGACAAUGCAUGCGAUGCUAAAAACGACGAAUUCUCGAGUUUUUGUCGAGAAAAUUUAAUUUACGGGCUUCGUGAAAAUAAUAAAAAUUCUGGACCUGAUAACGAUUUGGAAAUAGAAUUCGAAUGUAAGGACGAGAAGCUCGGCAUUAACUUAUUAGUAGUCGGGAAAAUUGAGGACGAUUAUCCAGAUCAAUGGCAGUCUAAGAAAAAUAAUUGCGAUAAUCAGACUCAAAAGAAAAUUAAAGAAGAAAUGGUCGACGAAAUAAAAGAGGAAUUGAAUUUGGAUGGUGAACUCAGUGAUGCAUUUGAUGCAAAGGAAAAAACAUUUGCUCAAAAUAGUCAACGCAAAACCCAAACUGAUAAGGCACACAAUCGUACGAAAUAUCCAUGUAAUAUAUGCGGUAAAAAAUUUGCACGAAAAAAUUAUCUCAAGGUCCACAUCGAUUCAUGCGGCAAGACAUUUUCUCAAAAGGAUCGUCUUAUAACUCACAUUAAAGCGCAGCACGAAGACAUUGAUCACGCUUGUGUUUAA